AGCCACCAAACCAAAAUACACCCUGUAAAACAAAUCAAAUUUCUUACCGAAGACAAUAUAUCAUUGAAGCAAAUAAAACUGGAUAAUAAGGAAAAUUUAGUUUCAGCAGAAAUGAACUGUGGAACUGUAAGAAAGGUAUCAAGGCAAGACAUCAAACUGGUUAAAGGUCAUAUGGAAAAGGAGGAUAACGACAAUCUUUACAAACAAUGUGUAAAUGCUGGAGGAGGCUCAAGUCAAUAUAUCAGUUGGCUAAGUGGUGAUAAGAGACCACUUCAUGAUGAUGUGCUGGGAUUCAGAAAGGAGAUCAAUGAUAUCACCAUAGACAUUGCUCUUCAAUGGUACGCAGAUGUAUAUUCAGACACAGUGUUGGGAUAUGCAAAUGGAGUCUACACCGUUGAUGGCGGAGCACACAUAGAUGGUGUGAAAGCUUCAAUAACAAGGACUUUUAACAUCCUUGCUAAAAAGAAGAAGCUUGUCAAGGACAUAAACUUAAGUGGGGAGCAUAUUAGGGAAGGCUUGACUUGCAUUGUCUCUAUUGUUGUUCCAAAUCCUAAAUCUGGAGGUCAAACAAAGACGAGAUUAGGAAAUUCAAAAAUCAGGGAAACUGUGGACAAAUCAGUCCAAGAGUACCUAACGGAGUAUUUUGAAUUGCAUCCAAAUGUAUUUGAGAGCAUUUACUCCAAAUCCUUUACCGCUUACAAGAAUGCUUUGGCUAUGAGGGAAAGGAAAGUGAUUAGUAGACCAAAAAGUGUAUCAGCGUCGCGCACCAUUCCUCAGAACCCGACCAACAGCUCUUCUGGAAAAUUUGAAAUUGUUAUAUCCUUAGGAGAAUCUUCUGGUGGCGCUGCAAAAAAUGGUGAUGACAGGCGUAUCCAGAGCAAAAGGACACUGGAACAGCCUCGGAGUAGUGGUACAGUCUCUACAGCUCCUCCGGAAAGAUCGUUAGGGAAUACUAGUGACUCAAGCUUUGACAAGAAACGCCAAAAAGUUGUCCCAUCCUCACAUCCCCGCUCUUCUUCACGACAAACUGUUGCUGCUGCUGCUUCAAACCGUCCAAACCGUAAAGAUGUUGGCGUAAAGAUCCCUGGCUCUAACAAAACCAAACCAGUUAUCCCAGUCGGUCCUGGUUUCCAGGCUGAAAUUCCGGUUUGGAUUGCACCUACCAAGAAGGGAAAAUUUUACGGUAGUCCCGGAGAUUCCGACACUCUUAGGUGGCUUGGAGCUGGUGUUUGGCCUACAUAUAGCUUAAAGAAGAAAGUUUACUACAAAAAGAUCGGCGAAGGGAGACCAGACUCAUGUCCUUGUCCUACUCCAGGUUCAACCGAUUGCGUAAAGCUACACAUUAAAGAAGCAAGGGAGCUUCUAGAAAAGGAAACUGGUGGUGCUUUCUAUACUUGGAAGUUUGAUGAAAUGGGUGAAGUGGGAUCAAAGUCAUGGACGGCCAAGGAAGAGCAAAAGUUUAGAUCUCUUGUGAAAAAAAAUCCUUUGUCAAAUCGUGAUGGGUUUUGGAAGUAUGCUUCAAAGGCUUUCCCAAGGAGAAGUGAGAAGGAUGUCAUUAGUUACUACUAUAACGUUUUCCUUAACCACCGUAACACCGAUGAUGACCACUAUGGUGACUUCUUAGCUGGAUGAAAGGGUAACCCAACUUUCCAAUUUCUUGAUACUUAGUGAUUCAAGAACAUGUUCCAUUUUCCCCUAAACUUUUCUAUCAUAGGAUUUUUUUUUUCUCAAAAAGAAAUCCUUAUAGGGAAAAUGCACCAAUCUAAAAUGUGUUUUUUCUCAAAUUCUAAAUAGGGAGCUGUUUUCUUCUUCAUGAACUUUGUUGCCUUGUUUCACUCAAGAAACAAACUUGAAUAUUUCAAAUUUGGAACUUUUAUAUUCUUA